AUGGGGAACAUACUUUCCAGCAAACCGGCCAUCAAGUCGCCGUUGACAAUAUCUUCAGACACAGUCAUCCCGCUACACCGGUUCGACGAUACACCGAUCAACAGAAAGGUUAUUGUUGAGUUUACCAUGCGAUUUGAUGACGUGUUGGAUCCCAAUAAGCUACGUCUAUCGCUAGAGAAGCUCCUUAGCCGGCGUGACUGGCGUAAGCUAGGUGCAAGGCUAAGACUCCCCGGUGAUGGUAAACUUGAAUACCACAUUCCGGAUUCCUUCAGCGCGAAAAGACCGGCAUUCGCAUAUUCGCAUAUAGAACACAAUGUUGAGAUUGCCAGGCACCCAACCGGUUGUCGUCUACCUAGGGCUACCGCGAAACCUGCCGUCCUGAGUGACCCGGAGGAGUUUGCGCCUCUGUUGCGCCGAUGGGGUGCGCCUCGACGACUCGCCGACUACUUGUACACUGACGCACCGCAGCUAAGCUUGCACAUUGUGUCCUUUACCGACGCGACGAUCGUCUCGCUAUCGUGGCCACACACGCUACUCGAUGCGAUGGGACGACGGGAGCUUCUAGAUGCUUGGAUAGCCGUGCUUGAGGGUAGGGAUGACGACGUGAAGCCGCUCUACGGCGUGUUGCAAGACCCGCUCGAAUCGCUAGGAACCGAUCCGCAAGAACCGUACGUUUUGGCUCACCGCCGCCUGGCUCCGAUCCAAGCCUUAAUUUUCGCCAUAUCCUACAUCUGGACAACCUUAUUUUGGUCGCGCGGCGAAGACACGCGGAUGGUCUGUGUACCAGCUACCCACGUACAGUCCCUGCAUAAGGGAGCACUCGAUUACCUCGCCUCACAGACCGAUGAGGACGAGAAGGUGAAACCGUUCGUCAGCGAAGGCGAUGUGCUUUCGGGCUGGGUCACGCGUCUUGCCCUCCGACACCUCCAGCACACAGAACAGACGGUGUCCAUCAUGAACGCCUUCGGCAUGCGCUCGGUACUCGCUAAGGACCUUCUUCCGCAGACACAUGCUUACGUCGGCAACGCUGUUGCUGGCGUUUGGGCAUUCGUAUCGAUGCGAGAUCUAUUCGCAAGGCCCUUGGGCUACGUCGCUGCUGCAGUGCGCCGAUCCAUUGCCGAGCAGGGGACACGAGCGCAGGUGGAAGCACGCGCUGCUGUUGACCUUGCGGCCGGGAAGAGGGGGAAAUCAGCCAUGUACGGCGACCCCGCGAUGGCGCCCAUAAUGAUUUCCAACUGGAGUAAGGCCAAAUUCUUCGAUACGGACUUCUCGGCCGCAGUAGUGCGUCCCGGUGCGGACCCGGAAAAGCGGGCCAACAAGAUCGGGCGUCCGUCGUACAUCCAGCCCAACGGUCUUGUCAACGGCAUGCCCACGCGCAACUCGUUUCCCAUCGUGGGGAAGGAUGCCGCAGGCAAUUACUGGCUUUCCGGUACGUUACAGAAGGGACUCUGGAGACAGGUACAGGAGGAGAUGAAUGCCGAAUAUUACUACCUGUCUGGUCAGUUCGUGAAGGCUUAA